AUGAGGAUCUGCCGCCAGGCGGGGCUGGUGAAGAAAUCCAAGGCUGUGCUGGAUUACCACGAUGACAACUUCGCCAUCGUCUUUGCAGCCAUUGGGGUGAACAUGGAGACAGCCAGGUUCUUCAAGUCUGACUUUGAGCAGAAUGGAACCAUGAGGAAAGCCUGCCUCUUCCUGAACUUGGCCAAUGACUCCACGAUUGAGCGGAUCAUCACCCCGCGCCUGGCACUCACCACUGCUGAAUUCCUCGCCUACCAGUGUGAGAAGCAUGUGCUGGUCAUGCUGACGGACAUGAGUUCUUAUGCAGAGGCCUUGCGGGAGGUCUCUGGUGCUGGAGAGCAGGUGCCUGGGCGCCGAUGCUUUCCUGGAUAUAUGUACACAGACCUGGCCACCAUCUACGAGAGGGCGGGCCGCGUGGAGGGUCGGGGCGGAUCCAUCACGCAAAUCCCCAUCCUCACCAUGCCCAACAACGGUAUCACCCACCCCAUCCCAGAUUUGACGGGCUUCAUCACAGAGGGACAGAUCUACGUGGACAGACAGCUUCAUAAAAGACAGGUCUACCCUCCCAUCAACGUGCUCCCUUCACUGUCUCGGCUGAUGAAGUCAGCCAUUCGGGAGGGCAUGACAAGAAAGGACCAUGGAGAGGUCUCCAACCAGCUGUUCGCCUGCUAUGCCAUCGGGAAGGGCGUGCAGGCCAUGAAGGCAGUGGUUGGGGAGGAGGCGCUCACCUCCGAGGACCUGCUCUACCUGAAAUUCCUGCAGAAGUUUGAGAAGAACUUCAUCAACCAGGGCCCCGACGAGAACCGCUCGGUGUUCGAGUCGCUGGACCUGGGCUGGAAGCUGCUGCGCAUCUUCCCCAAGGAGAUGAUGAAGCGCAUCCCGCAGGCGGUGAUUGAUGAGUUCUGCUCUCGGGAGGGGGCGCCGCAGGACCCCGCGCCGGACACUGCGCUCUAG